UUUAGCACAUCUUUUAACUGUUUAAGCUAUAUCGAUUGAUAACGUGACUUUCUGGACAAACAACUGGUCAUGGUAUAGAAGGUAUCGUGCUGAUUGAAAGUGCUAGGUUUUAACCAGUUUCAGUUGGUUAUUGCGGCAGACACUCCAUAGCUGCACUUGAAGGAUCGCCAAAAAGGACAAACAACACACACCCACACAUAUACACACACAAAUUGUGUAUUAUGCCAGCAGAAAUCGAUAACUCAGUUCAAGUCCGAGUACAAGCCAAUAUAAACAACAUAAAUCAAAAAGAAGAUAGAAAACCAGGAGGUGUCAAAGCAGCAGAAUGAGAAGCCGCACGGAAAAGGAUUACGACAGUGCGACGCCGGCGUUGCAACAACAAAUGAACCUCGCCCGCCGCGCCUGUUGGUCCACUUUAAAUACAAAUUUAACUUCCAAUCCCAAUUCGAGUCCACCAAAUGGUGCUAAACAAAUUCAACUAACCGAAGUAAAAAAUUGCCAGUUGGCUUACACUAAAGGUUUGAAUCGAAGUGACGCCAACCUUCCACCGAUUGAGGAACCACCAGAAAAGAGCUACCACAGACCACGACAGAAGCAGGAACAGAGUCCAAUGAAGGGGAAAAUGUUGCUUUUGCUGCUCUGCGGCCUUUGUAUGUUCCUCUCCAGCAUUGAGGCACGUCCCAAUGCCAGUGCCACGGGCGUGGCCUCCCCCAGUUCCAGUUCCAGUUCUCGCCCCACUUCCAGCGCCAAGCCCACGGAUGCAGUCACGCAGUUAACGCUGCCACAAACAACAUCAGCGUCAGUUUUAACAUCCGUAUCCGCAUCCGCUUUAUCUACUACAACUCAAUCUUUGUCUCUGCCACAUGCCGAGCAGUUCAAAGACGUAGAGCCUUUUGAUGGGGAGAUGGAAGAAGGAGUGAAACGUUAUCCAUUGUCCCAGACCGACUUUGCUCGCGUCAAGACGCCGUUUAUAAUUGGCAUAUGGAUAUUAUCAGCAAGUAUAGCCAAAAUCGGUUUCCAUAUGACGCCCAAAUUGCAUCUGAUAUUUCCGGAAUCAUGCCUGCUGAUUGUUGUGGGCGUGGUCAUAGGUGUUGUGCUAUAUUUCUGCACAGAUGUGGCCGUCUCUCCGCUGACGCCCAACACAUUCUUUUUCUAUAUGCUGCCUCCGAUUAUUCUGGAUGCGGGUUACUUUAUGCCCAAUCGCAUGUUCUUCGAUAACCUGGGCACAAUCCUCCUGAUGGCAGUGGUGGGAACCAUCUUCAAUGUGGCCACGAUUGGUGGCUCCCUUUAUGCCUGCGGCGUUUGUGGACUCUUUGGGGAGGAGGUCCCGAAGCUAUUGGACAUCUUUCUGUUUGCCUCGCUGAUAUCCGCCGUAGAUCCGGUGGCUGUGCUGGCCGUAUUCGAGGAGAUACACGUCAAUGAGAUCCUUUACAUUGUUGUCUUUGGCGAGUCCCUGUUAAACGAUGCCGUUACGGUUGUCAUGUACCACAUGAUGGAAGUUUAUAAUGAGAUUGGUUUGCCUAACAUUGCGGCGCAGGAUAUUGUCAGCGGUGUUGGUUCCUUCUUCGUAGUGGCUCUCGGGGGCACAGCAAUUGGCAUUAUUUGGGGUGCUCUUACUGGUCUGGUUACCCGGUUUACUGAUCAUGUGCGAGUCAUAGAGCCGAUAUUUAUAUUCGUUAUGGCCUAUCUGGCUUAUCUCAAUGCGGAAAUCUUUCACAUGAGCGGUAUAUUAGCCAUUACAUUCUGUGGGAUUACGAUGAAGAACUAUGUGGAAUCGAAUAUAUCUCAGAAAUCGCAUACAACUGUUAAAUAUGCAUUAAAAAUGUUAUCCAGUUCGGCGGAAACGAUUAUAUUCAUGUUCCUGGGCGUUGCCACAGUCAACAAUAUGCACGUAUGGAAUACGUGGUUUGUGGUGCUGACAAUUGCCUUCUGUUCCAUAUUUCGUAUUAUCGGUGUCAUUUUGUUGUCGGCUCUUGCAAAUCGCUUUCGAUUGCACAAAUUAUCAAGAGUGGAUCAGUUUGUGAUGUCGUAUGGUGGUUUGCGUGGUGCCGUUGCCUUUGCCCUCGUACUGCUGGUGGAUGAGAAGGUGGUCAAGCAUAAGAACAUGUUUGUUACCACAACCAUAGCUGUGAUCUAUUUUACUGUGUUUGUGCAAGGCAUUACCAUAAAGCCCCUCGUCAAGAUACUUAAUGUGAAGAGAGCCAACAAACGCAAACCUACAAUGAAUGAACGUAUUCAUGAGCGUUUUAUGGAUCAUCUGAUGGCCGGCAUUGAGGACAUCGUUGGCAAGACAGGCAACUAUAAUGUUCGUGAUAAGUUUAAGCGUUUCGACAAUCGCUUUAUACGUCCAUUGCUGCUUCGAGAUCCAAAGGGCGCUGAACCAAAGAUUAUUGAAACAUACUCUAAGUUAGCCAUGCGCGAUGCCAUGGAGGUAAUGCGUCGUAAUCCCUCGACAAUUGGACAAAUGACGGGCACCGAGUCCAUGAGUGCAUUGUUUAGGAAUUAUACCAAUAAUUAUAUUGGCGGCAGUCCGAGUUUGACAAAUCUGGAUAAUACAUGCUCUCACAACCUGGAUAUGGCUGAACUGGACUAUAAUCCAUCCAAAAAGGAUUUGACUGAUGCCAAGAUACAUCAUUUGUUAGCCGAAGAACUGAAGCCAUAUAGAAGGCACCGUCGUCUUAGUUAUAGCCGACACGCAGUAGAUGACAGAGAUUUGUCCACACAGGUCAAUUAUAAAAUGCAAAUGAAUUUCCGGCGCAUGUUUAACGAUCGCAAACAUCACAAAAGAAGCAAACGUGGUGCAAACAAUAAGGAGCCCAAGGAGAAUGUUAAGCAGAAUCAUGUCUCUUUUCACGAUUUCCAACAGAACGGCACCACCAAGCAGUUGUCCAAUGCCGACGAGAGUCAACAAAAUCCAAAUGAGAUCAAUGUCAUUGGACCGAGUGAUGAUUGGGAUGAUGGUCUGACAUUUACAGCUAAAUCAUCACCUGACUCGGAUCGCGCCAAUAAUAACUCAUUGAUAGCGCAUAUACAAAACCUGCCUGGUUUUGAUGCAUCCAAGGCGCGCAUCGUUCACCAUUAUGCGCCCCAACUUGAGGACGGUUCUCAGCAAGAACUCGACUCUCCGGAUCCACCAGUUGGACCGACAGCGGCUGAAUUGAUUCUGCCCUGGCGACGGGAUCGUUCAUACCAGAGCAUUGUAGCCGAGCAUCCCAUACCCGAGGAGGAUCGCAAUUUGUCACGUGACUCGGAUGGUGAAAGGCGUGUGGCCACGCCCACAGCCACCGAGUCGCAGCUGCCGUGGAAGCGACAAGGUGAUGAGUGCACCGAUGCCGUGCAACAGAAUGAGUUUCCCGCCUGGGCCUCCAACAAGGAAUAUUUGGCCUAUAAUUCGCCCAGCGCCACGUUUCUAGGUGGUAUAAACAAGCCUAAACAGCCCAAGUCCGUCAUAGGUCUGUUUCGUCGUGAAAGUUCCAGCUCAAAGGCUGGCAGCAUUGGCAUUGGCAGCAGCAACGGCGCCGUCGAUGCCAUCGCCAGUUUGGAUCCCAUGGUUGUGCCACCAACUGCCAUCAAUCCGAGUACGGCGCCAUCAACGUCCAUUCACAAUCCGCGCCUCGACAAUCGUUCGCAGUCCAUCUCGUCGGGCACCUUGGGCAGCCAUCUGGUUGGACCCGAUGGUCAUACCGGACCCUUUCCGGUCACCGCGAGCCAUCGACGCAACGUGCGACGCGGCUCCAUGUUGGAGCUGAGUGGACUUAUUGCAACUGGACGCAGACCCAGUAGAAUUUUGCUCUGUAGUCCAGGAGCUCAUAAUUUGCUAGAGAACACAACAACAACAACAACAACAGUAACAGCAACGACAAGCACUACCAACAAUACCAAUUCAACUGCAAAUUUAAUAACAAUAACUCCAACAACAUCAACAACAAAUUCAACUCCAACAACAACAGCAACAGCAAUUGCAACAAGAGCAACUAACAUCUCCCCGAGCAACUCAUCAACCACGAACUACAGCUCCCCGACAUCGGAGAGUAGCGGAGCUACGUACUAUUCCAAUGACACAAUUCCCGAGGAAUCGACCUAUCAGCACGGGCACUCCAAGUCGCUAUGUGAGCCCUCCGAUGGCGAUGAUUGGGAUGGAGUACCGUUGGCCACCACCGCCUGCGCCCGCAGCGCAAAGAGCGAAAAACAGAUGCACAGCGGAAGAGAACCCCUCCUGCCACGUUUAACAUCCACACCACGUGCUCAAAUACGACACAAGAACGCCGGAGCGGUCGGCGGAUCUGCGGUGGGCGUGCCCGGUAGCAAGAAUCAGGUGACAACAGCGUUGUUGGACUACGAGGACACGGACAGCGAAGACGAUGAUGAUGAUGAUGAAGAUGAAGGUGAAGACUUUGAUUUGUACGAUGAUGAGAAUAUUGUGGUCACCACAUUCACAACACCCGCAACGCCACGCCUACACGAGCUAGGCAGGCGAACGGGAUCAGGUGCCGGGGGAGCAACAACCACAACUACAACAAGCAUUCGUCUAACCCGCAAAAACGAUGAAAGCAUCAUUUGAGUGUCAAGCUGCGAGGAGGAUACAGUUGCUCCAUCCCGUUGGAGAGAUAUUUAUCAAUAUGAAAUGUUUUACUGAGGUCAGCAACGAUUACCACAUACUUGUGUGAACAUAAUUAAGCACAUACAUAUAUAUAGUUCGAUAUCGAUAGCUAAAAGAAAUUGUGAACAAAAAGCUGCUAAUAUUUUCAACAUGGUUUAAACGAAAAGCUUUAUAAUUAAUACCAAUAACAAACUGUAUAUAAUAAGGACAAUUAUAGUAUGAUUAUUAUAAAACUUUUAGUUUUUCAGCAUUCUUCACAUUUACUUUUUUAACAUUUCAAAUUUCACUUCGAAGUCAAUUUCUCUACCAAAUAUAUAGCAUACUUUUUGGGGCUUAAAUUGAUUGAUUGAAUUGGAAAUGUCUCAGACUUACUUCCAGCUUUGUUUUUAUUGCUGCUGGCAAUUGUUAACUAAUAUAUUUAUUGUAAAUUCGUAAAGUUAAUACUAAUGUGUUCCAGAAAACAAUUGUGUAAUAAUUAACAAUGUAGCCAAAGUUCAUAUUAAGUUAAUUGUCUGUAUUGCUCUUUUUUAGUUUAGACAAUUUUAUAAUGUAAUCAAUAUAUAUAAAUAUAUGCAUAUAUUUAUAUUUAUAACUGUGUUGCUAACGUUACUUAGGCGCGUUUAGUUCAAUUUAAGUCGUACUUAAGUUAAAAGUAAACUAACUACAUUUGAACUGUGUAAAAGUAAACUAAAACCAGUUAAAAGCCGCAAAGAGUCGAAAAGUUAUAACUAAAUUAAAUAAAAGAUAAAAAAAUACUACCAUAUUUAUAUAAGCCAACUAAUAGUACUUACAUUUAUAUACAUAUGUUACUAUGUAUAGCUAACAUAUUUAGCAAGAGUUAUGUAAUUUAUAAAUUAUUUUUGUAAACAUUUACGAGCCUCAACUAAUGUGAAAAGGUAUAAAACGAGAUGAGAUGAGAUGAGAAGAGUUGGGUCCUUAAGGACUUCAGGAAUAAAUAUAUUGUAUAGGUACGAGUAAGCGUGACUUUUGAUCGAUAAAAAAAACUGCAGAAUUCAAUAAACAACUGAUUUAACCAAGUUCAAUAUGUAGUGAAAUAUAGACACUCAAACAGGGCUGCAAACCAACAACAGCUUGGAAUUUUUUAAGCUAAAUCGUUUAAAAGUAAAGUAGACGAUAAAAAGUAUACUAAAUAAAUACAAAAUCAAUGGACUACACAAUACACAGAUGUACGUAUGCAAUUUAAUGCAAAUCAUUAUCAAUUAUAUCUAGAGAUUGGCUAACAAGGAAACAAUGUGUGGAGAGCCUUUUCACUUAAAAUUAAAUAAUUGCUAAACAACUAAAUAAUAACAAUUAACAAUAGAUACAAAAUUUGAGGGGAGAUAUUGCAACAAUUUACAACUAAGCAUCAAAUGAAGACAAUGGUUAGUGAGUUUAUAACAAAAACUUUUUUAAUUAAAUGAUUUUAUUUAUGUUCACAAUAUGUCAAAUAUUCAGUAAAUUUUUGCAGCCAUGGGUCAAACGCCCAUCUAGUAAAUGUAAAGCCAACUUAACCAAACUAUUAGGUAUUCGAUUCCAAGAAAUUGCCUUCAAAAUAUGCACCUUAGCUCAGAAAUAAACUUUGUUCAUAUGCGAUUAUUCAGUUGUUAAGAAGUUAAGAACUUAUACUGUUUAGUUAAUUAAUAAGUCUUAACCCAUUUAUUUAACAGAAAGACAAUAAACAGCUACACGAAAUUUCAUUGCAGAAUUUCUCGUAAAUUGUCAUUUCACAACAAAUUAAUAUACAAUUU